AUGUUAGCGUCCUCUUUUCCUGUGCCGUGGAGAGAUGAAACUACUCGGGGGCUGCACGGAGUGGUCAAUGUUCAGCACUCAGACUUCAAUGAGAAAGACAGCGAGGAGAUACUUGUGCGAGAUGUGAUUCAAAUCUUGAACAAGAAACUGGAAAGCGCGUCAAGUGGAACGAAAUUGGAUGAGGUUACCCGUAUCAUGUUGCAUGGUGUGCGAUUGAGCAAUGACAUUCCAUUGAACCGAUUUAUUCCUGGACUAUCAGGAAGUAGUCCACGCUUUGUUGCAACGACGCACACGCGGACACGAGGCCCCACUAUUACAAUCUUUGUUGUGACUCUGAGCGGGAAGUGUAUUUCUAUUGAUUGUUCACCAACGGACGCCGUGCACUACGCCAAGUCAAAAAUUGAGGACAAGGAAGGCAUGCCACGUGAAUCCCAAUGCCUUGUAUAUGCUGGCAAGCAACUAAAAGACCACCAUCCGCUAUCGUAUUACAAUGUCAAAGACAAAUGCACGCUGCGUAUGAAAUGGACACUUCGUGGCGGAUUUGCUGGUCGCUUUUCUACACCUCGUACCUUCGCCGAUGUCUCUGAUGGAUCGCUUAUUACUGCGUAUGAGUUUUCGUCUGACGCCCCCGAGUGGCGUGUCUGUAGUAGAGGUCUAAACAUUGAAGGUCGGUGUAAGAAUCCCGACUGUCGCGCGUUCCGACGUAUGAUCAUUGACCGCAAGAAAUUUGAGCUUUUCAAUCUCAUUGAAGAUGACGACGUCCGAUGCCCAAUUUGUCAUUGGAAAGUGGAUCCUGUUGCUUGCGGUCUAUACGACUGCUGCUGGCGUUAUGAAGGUAUCAAAGAAAGCGAUGGCGUGUCGAUGUGCUCGACGUGGAAGGAUGCUCAAGGAUACGUGUACCACCGCUUUGAUUGUGAUGAGAACGGAGGAACUGUCGAAUGGGAGAGUCUACUGAUAACAGUGAAGCCAAGAGAUGAUGCCGAGAGUGCUAAGCUGCUAGUAUCAAUGGUCUCAGCUGUCGUCAGACCCAGUGACAUAUGCACGAUUUGCUGGUCCCCCUUCAGCUCAUCGCGCAAAGAUUCGCACAAAGCGUCGCGCUGUGGCCACACUUUCCAUCGCGACUGCUCACAGAAGUGGACCAAGUGGUGCAAGCGCAACAAUACCCGGUUCAGCUGCCCAAUCUGCCGCAAAACGGAAUGA